UGAGUAGUAUAAAACUAAACGUUGAAGCUCAAAAACCAUGACAAGUUCAUAAGAUCCUUACAAGUAACAAGUGAAGUAACUCUACCAUAAAAGAAAAAGAUGGCUCAAAUCCUUCAAAGUUAUGCCAUCAUUGUCAUUGCUGCCUUCACAAUAACAUCAUUUCUUCCAUUGGGAUCCUCUGAUAUAAUAGAAAUCACAUGCCAAAAAACCCCAAACGUCCAACUCUGCGACAAUAUUCUAAGGAAUGACCCAAAAAGCUCAACUGCCAAUCUCAAUGGCCUUACACUCAUCAUCAUUAACUCACUGGCAUCCAGGUCAAAUUACACCCUCAAAAUGAUCGAUCAGAUGCUCAAAGACAGGCCAGAAUUAAAAUCCCCCUUGACUGAAUGCUGGAACGAUUACAAUGUCAUCAGUACAUUCUUCAUACUUGAUGCUAUUGAGGCUGCAAAUAAUGGUGAUGUUCAGCUUGGUGAAGAGAGUAUGUAUGAAGUGAAAGAUUUUGCUGGUCAAUGUGAUGAUCAAUUUAAACCCAACCCUUCCCCUUUUGUAAAUGUCCAUCAGAUGGUUUCUGACAUGGCUGAUGUCACUUCCUCUAUGUUCAGCAUGAUGAGUAUGUAGUUUAUUAUUGGUCUUUGGGGAUCACAAAAUGAAAAAGAUUGUGUCUUUUUCUUUUUUCUUUCAGUACUACAGAUUAUGUUACUUUAUGAAGUAAUGAAUAAUUUGAGUUAAAAAUGUUGACCAUUGUUUUCUCAUGAAGCUUAAAUAGAUUCUUUAACAGCAUUAAUUGGUC